AAUUGUUUUGUGAUAUCAUAAAUGGCAGACACACCUGCUGAACCAAAGUCUAAAACGAAAGCAACUAAGAAACCGAAAGAGAAGCCAGUAGAACCUCCUCCUUUAAAAAAGAGGCCUUUUAAAAGACACGGACGUCUUUAUGCUAAAGCCAUUUUUACUGGUUAUAAACGUGGAUUGCGUAAUCAACAUGAACACACAGCACUUCUUAAAGUUGAAGGAGCUAGAGAUAAACAGGAUUCAAAUUUUUAUGUAGGAAAACGAUGUGUUUAUGUAUAUAAGGCAAAAAAUAAAACACCUGUUCCUGGAAAGAAAAGCAGGAAAACAAAAGUUAGAGCUAUUUGGGGUAAAGUAACCCGGCCACAUGGAACUAGUGGUUCUGUACGUGCUAAAUUUAAGAAAAAUCUACCAGCUAAAGCUAUGGGUCAUCGUAUCAGGAUUAUGUUGUAUCCCAGUCGGAUAUAAAAAAUUAUUAUUGUA